UUGCGUAGUCAAAUGGGAUCAGCAGUGUGUCGUGAUAAAAUUAUGUUUGUUAUUUGUGCUGUGUGAUGGUGACUCUUCCUGAAUCGUCGGUGCGUUGGGGACUAUUCUUGUGUCAAUACUUGAACACCCAGUGGAAUGCGUGUUGCUUCGAAUACUGUGAAAAUCAAACAAGUUUAUGAACACUAUGUCAACUUCAUCUUGAGUCUGCCACUACAGAAACCAAUAUUUUGGUUUACUUUCAACGUCGGAUAUUAUCUGAAGCAGUCACCUUGUCCAAAAAUUGAUUCCGAGGGGUUGCUCGAGUACCUAAGGAUAUCUCACGCGCAGCGACUACGCCGCCUCCUCCGCCGACGGGUGCCCCUGGUGACGUGGCUGCCGUCGUACUCGGCGGAGUAUGUCGUCGCCGACCUGGUGGCGGGGGUCACCCUGGGCCUCACCCUGCUGCCCCAGAGCAUCGCCUACGCCCAGCUCGCCGGCGUCAGCCCGAGGUUCGGCCUCUACUCGGCCUUCACGGGCGGCAUCGUCUACAUGCUGCUGGGCACCAUCAAGGAGGUGACGAUCGGCCCCACGUCGCUCAUGGCCAUCGUCACCUUCCAGUUCACCCGGGAGCUCAACAUCCACUUCGUGAUCCUGCUCACCUUCCUCACCGGCCUGGUCCAGCUCAUCAUGGGCGUGCUGCGGCUCGGCUUCCUGGUGGACUUCAUCUCGACGCCGGUGGUGUCGGGCUUCACGUCGGCCACGUCCUUCAUCGUCAUCGUGGCGCAGCUCAAGCACCUGGGCGGCCUGCGCUUCCAGGUGCGCGGCUUCCUGAACCGCCUGCACGCCCUGUGGACUCACCUGCCGGAGGUGAACCCCGGCGACGCCAUCCUGGGCCUGGCCUCCAUCGUGUUCCUCCUCGCCCUCAAGCGCCUGGGGACGGUGCGGCUGGCGGCCAAGGAGCGCCCGGACGCGGCCACGUCCUGGCAGACCACGGCGGGGAGGGUCUUGUGGUUCCUCAGCAUCAGCCGGAACGCGCUGUGCAUCUUCCUCGCCGCGCUCGUCGCCAAGGUCCUGUCGCACUUCAGCGAGGACGAGGAGGUGCCCUUCGCCAUCGUGGGUGACAUAGUGCCCGGUCUGCCGACGCUGGCCCUGCCGCCCUUCCACACCACCAUCGGCAACCGCACCUACACCUUCCCGGACAUGGUGAGCGAGCUGGGCGUGGGCAUCAUCAUCGUGCCCCUGGUCGGCGUGCUGGGCAACGUCGCCAUCGCCAAGGCCUUCGCGUCCGACCAGACGAUGGACGCGACGCAGGAGAUGGUGGCGCUGGCGGGCUGCAACCUGGUGGGCUCGCUGGUGCAGGCCAUGCCCGUGUGCGGCGCCUUCACGCGCUCGGCCGUGUCGCACGCGUCGGGCGUGCGCACGCCCAUGGUGGGGCUGUACACCACGACGCUGGUGGUGCUGGCCCUGGCCUUCCUCACGCCCUACUUCUACUUCAUCCCGCGCGCCACGCUCGCCGCCGUGCUCAUCUGCGCCGUGGCCUUCCUCAUCGACGCGUCCAUCGUGCCGCAGCUCUGGCGGACCAGCAAGAGGGACCUGGUGACGCUGCUGGUGACUUUCUCCGCCUGCCUGUGCUUCGGCGUGGAGGUGGGGCUGGUGCUGGGCAUGGCCCUGGACCUCACCAGGCUGCUGCACGUCUGGGCGCGCCCGCGCCUCACCAUCACCAUCUGCUGCGAGGGUGGUGGCGAGUACAUCCUGGUGCGGCCGUCGCUGGGCCUGCUCUUCCCCGGCGUGGACACGCUGCGCCAGCUCGUGGACGAGGCGGGCCUGCACGAGGGCCAGGGCACGCUGCCCGUCGUGGUGGACUGCGCGCCCAUCCUCGCCAUGGACUUCACCGGCGUCAAGGCGUUCGAGGCCCUGGUGCGUGACUUCGAGAAGCGCGGCCAGCAGCUGCUCUUCCUGGAGGUGGACCCGGACGUGCGGGACCUACUGCGGCGCGCGGGGCUCUACAACUCCAUCAGCUUCUGCGAGGAGGAGGACGACCUGCCCUCCAUGAUGUUCGGAGAGCGGCUACGCACCGCCAGCAACCAGGACGCCGACGACGCCCGCUCGUCCCUGGCGGCCUGCGAGUGGGGCGUCGACGGCAAGGUGCAGCGCGGCGACGGCGACGCCUCGUCCACCGCCACGGCGGGCGUCACCGCCAGCUCCGCGACGACGCCCGCGGGCCCGCGCUGCAGCAUCUGAUGUGCUUUCACGACGCCAGCUGUGUGCUCGUCUCUUGCGUGGGGGACCAACGGGCGAAAAGAAGAGACGGCACUCACACACGUUCAAGACGAUUUAAUACAAAUUAAUAAAAUAAAUUACAACAUCACCGCG